UCGCAAUUCGAACAAGUUUUGGUCAAAAACCCAACUUUCACACAGUAUUCUUUGUCGGGGCGAAAGUUCUCUCUUUUUCUCUCUCUAAUUCUUCUCUCUCUAGGCUUCUGCUGUGUGUGUUUUGCACAAGAAGCAACUGAAGAAACCACCCGACUGUGAAAAAAAAAAUUCCACAGUUUGUUCCCGCUUCGAGUUAUGUCGAAGAAAUGAGAGUAAAAUCUAGAGAGAGAAGUGAAAAAGUUGCAAGAAAAACCGAGCUCCAAAGUUUUAGAGAGACAAAGAUAAAGAGGUUUUAAUUUGUCUGUAAUUGCAAAAGCAAUGUCACAAGAUUCUGAGGAGAUUAAGACGAUUGAGCAGUGGAGAUGGUCUGAAAUGCAAGGUCUUGAACUUGUGUCACCUCACUCUGACACCUCCUUUAAAACCAACCCAACAACAACAACAAACCACCAAGAGAACUCAUUUAAAGCCAACCAAACAACAACAUCGACAACAACACAACCAAAUAUAGCAUCAUCAACACACACAGUCACAGAACAAGAACAAGCAAAGGUGGGUGAAGAGAAAAUGGAGGUUUCUCCAGGAAAGAAGCCUGGUUCUGCUCCACCCUCAUCUGGGUUUGGUGAGCUUUUCAGAUUUGCAGAUGGGUUGGACUAUGUUUUGAUGGCAAUUGGGUCUGUUGGUGCCUUUGUCCAUGGUUGUUCUUUGCCUCUGUUUCUGAGAUUCUUCGCCGAUCUUGUUAAUUCUUUUGGGUCGAAUGCCAACAAUAUUGAUAAAAUGACACACGAAGUUAUAAAGUAUGCAUUUUACUUUCUUAUAGUUGGAGCUGCAAUAUGGGCGUCUUCAUGGGCGGAGAUUUCCUGUUGGAUGUGGACAGGAGAGCGGCAAUCGACGAAAAUGAGGAUCAAGUACUUGGAGGCGGCUUUGAACCAAGACAUUCAAUACUUUGAUACAGAGGUCCGAACGUCGGAUGUUGUUUUCGCCAUUAACAAUGAUGCAGUGAUGGUUCAAGACGCCAUUAGCGAGAAGUUGGGUAAUUUCAUACACUAUAUGGCAACAUUUGUGUCUGGAUUUGUUGUGGGUUUCACUGCUGUGUGGCAAUUAGCUCUGGUCACACUUGCUGUUGUUCCUCUCAUUGCUGUAAUUGGGGCAAUUCACACCACCACAUUAGCCAAACUCUCUGCCAAAAGCCAAGAAGCUCUGUCACACGCCGGAAACAUUGCAGAACAGACAAUAGUUCAAAUUCGGACGGUUCUGGCAUUUGUAGGUGAAUCAAGAGCACUUCAAGCCUACUUGUCAGCAUUAAAGGUUGCUCAAAGAAUCGGUUACAGGAGCGGAUUUGCAAAGGGAAUGGGACUGGGAGCGACUUACUUCGUUGUCUUUUGCUGCUAUGCACUUCUGCUCUGGUAUGGUGGUUAUCUGGUUAGACACCACUACACUAAUGGAGGACUUGCCAUUGCCACAAUGUUCUCUGUUAUGAUUGGUGGAUUAGCUUUAGGACAGUCGGCUCCAAGCAUGACUGCAUUUGCCAAGGCCAAAGUUGCAGCUGCAAGAAUCUUCCGUGUAAUCGAUCACAAAGCGAGUGUUGAUCGAAACAGUGAAUCAGGUUUGGAGAUGGACUCCGUUACAGGACAAGUAGAGUUGAAAAAUGUUAAUUUCUGCUACCCAUCAAGGCCAGAAAUUAAAAUUCUUAACAAUUUCUCUCUAACCGUCCCUGCCGGAAAGACCAUAGCUUUGGUUGGAAGCAGUGGCUCAGGCAAGAGCACUGUGGUUUCUCUGAUUGAGAGAUUCUAUGAUCCUAUAUCAGGACAAGUUCUAUUGGAUGGGCAUGACAUAAAGACAAUAAAGCUGAGAUGGCUGAGGCAGCAAAUUGGGCUUGUGAGCCAAGAGCCUGCUCUGUUUGCUACCACCAUUAAAGAGAACAUACUCUUGGGCAGGCCUGAUGCAACUCUAGUUGAGAUCGAAGAAGCUGCCAGAGUUGCCAAUGCACAUUCAUUCAUUGUCAAACUUCCUGAUGGCUACGACACGCAGGUAGGGGAGAGAGGAUUGCAACUCUCAGGUGGGCAGAAGCAGAGAAUAGCUAUAGCAAGGGCAAUGCUGAAAAACCCAGCAAUCCUGCUUUUAGACGAGGCAACAAGUGCAUUGGACUCGGAAUCAGAAAAGCUAGUACAAGAGGCUCUUGAUCGAUUCAUGAUUGGGAGGACAACACUUGUCAUUGCCCACCGCCUCUCCACCAUCAGGAAGGCUGACCUUGUGGCUGUACUCCAGCAGGGUAGUGUCACUGAAAUUGGAACCCACGAUGAGCUAUUUGCCAAGGGAGACAAUGGUGUCUAUGCCAAGCUCAUCCGAUUGCAAGAAAUCGCUCAUGAAACUGCUCUCAAUAACGCCAGAAAGAGUAGUGCAAGGCCUUCUAGUGCCAGGAACUCAGUAAGCUCACCAAUAAUUGCCCGAAACUCCUCAUAUGGUCGAUCACCAUAUUCACGCCGGCUAUCUGACUUUUCUACUUCUGAUUUUAGCCUCUCCCUGGAUGCCUCACACCCCAAUUAUCGACUUGAAAAGCUUGCAUUCAAGGAGCAAGCUAGUUCCUUUUGGCGCCUUGCAAAAAUGAACUCUCCUGAAUGGGCUUAUGCUUUAGUUGGUUCUAUAGGCUCUGUUGUUUGCGGCUCCCUCAGUGCCUUUUUCGCUUAUGUUCUGAGUGCUGUCAUGAGUGUUUACUACAAUCCAGACCAUGCUUACAUGAGCAAAGAAAUUGGAAAAUACUGCUAUCUUUUAAUCGGGGUUUCAUCUGCUGCACUUCUUUUCAACACACUACAGCAUUUCUUCUGGGAUGUCGUGGGAGAAAACCUAACAAAACGAGUGAGGGAGAAAAUGUUGACAGCAGUGCUGAAAAACGAAUUGGCAUGGUUCGAUCAGGAAGACAACGAGAGCUCUAGAAUUGCAGCCAGACUGGCUCUUGAUGCCAACAAUGUUAGAUCAGCCAUUGGAGACCGCAUUUCAGUAAUCAUGCAGAACUCGGCUCUCAUGCUAGUUGCCUGCACUGCAGGGUUUGUUUUGCAGUGGCGCCUGGCCCUGGUCCUCAUAGCCGUCUUCCCAGUUGUUGUAGCAGCCACUGUUUUACAGAAAAUGUUCAUGAAAGGUUUCUCGGGGGACCUAGAAGCUGCACAUGCCAAAGCCACACAAUUAGCAGGUGAGGCUGUGGCCAAUGUAAGAACUGUCGCUGCCUUCAAUUCAGAAUCCAAAAUAGUCAGUAUUUUCUCCGCCAACCUGCAAAGUCCACUACGGCGUUGCUUCUGGAAGGGACAGAUUGCUGGAAGUGGAUUUGGGAUAGCACAGUUCUUACUUUAUGCUUCCUAUGCUCUUGGUCUUUGGUAUGCCUCCUGGCUCGUAAAGCAUGGGAUCUCUGAUUUCUCAAAGACAAUACGAGUUUUCAUGGUCCUAAUGGUCUCUGCCAAUGGUGCAGCAGAAACACUGACCCUGGCCCCUGACUUCAUUAAGGGUGGUCGAGCCAUGAGGUCAGUCUUCGACCUCCUUGACCGCAGAACUGAAAUUGAGCCAGAUGAUCCAGAUGCCACCCCAGCACCUGACCGCCUUCGAGGGGAGGUGGAGUUCAAGCAUGUAGACUUCUCUUAUCCCUCUCGCCCUGAUGUGCCAAUUUUCCAUGACCUAACUCUUCGUGCACGAGCUGGCAAGACUCUUGCCCUUGUAGGUCCUAGUGGGUGUGGCAAGAGCUCAGUCAUUGCCCUUAUUCAGCGAUUCUAUGAACCAUCGUCUGGGAGGGUCAUGAUUGAUGGGAAGGACAUUCGAAAAUACAAUCUCAAGUCAAUGCGAAGACAUAUUGCCGUUGUCCCUCAGGAGCCAUGCCUCUUUGCUACAACCAUUUACGAAAACAUUGCUUAUGGGCAUGAGUCUGCAACUGAAGCUGAGAUCAUUGAAGCAGCAACUCUGGCAAAUGCCCACAAAUUCAUAUCAUCAUUGCCAGAAGGUUACAAAACAUUUGUUGGGGAGAGGGGAGUUCAAUUGUCUGGGGGACAAAAGCAAAGAAUUGCAAUUGCCCGCGCUUUCAUUAGGAAGGCAGAGCUAAUGCUGCUGGAUGAAGCCACAAGUGCGCUUGAUGCCGAGUCCGAGAGGUGUGUACAAGAGGCUCUGGAGCGUGCUUGCUCAGGAAAAACCACAAUUGUGGUUGCACACCGGCUAUCGACAAUAAGAAACGCUCAUGUCAUUGCUGUGAUAGAAGACGGAAAAGUGGCAGAACAAGGUUCCCACUCACACCUUCUGAAAAACUACCCUGAUGGGUGUUAUGCGCGGAUGAUACAGUUACAAAGGUUCACACAUGGGCAGGCGGUGAAUAUGGCAUCAGGUUCAAGUUCAUCAGCGCGCCCCAGAGAAGAUGAGGACUGAGAAGGCUAGUGAGGGGGAAAAGAAAAGAAAAGAAAAGAAAAAAAUCCACCACUAAAGAGGAGUAUAGCUCUUAUACUCCUUGAUUAUUUUUGUUUUCUGUUUUUGGUAUAGUUUAGUUUUAUGUGUAUUAUCUAAAUUUACCAUAGUAUAUGUCCUCAUUCUGAUUGAUCUUCUA